UUUGCGCCAACUUUUAGCGCCAUUUACAAUCUUGGGGGAAGUCUAACAAUGGAAGAAUUCAACAUAUUUUGCAUAUCAGAUGUUAAUGAACAUCCCAAACAGUUACCGCGACGAGAAGAAGGCAUAUACUCUCAGUACAUCCCCACCCCUGUUCCAGAACAGUUAAUAAUUUUUGGACUGGGUAAAUGGCCAAGCCAGGUGGGAGAACUUGAGGUUGAGGUUGCUCUAACGUAUAAAGAUGUGCAUCUUUGUUUGGGAAUGUUUACAGAGCAAACCAGAGCUCUAUGCUGGGAAAGAAAGCAUUGUGAGGUUCCAGGUAUCAUGUCAUCCGAGGCAGAACAAGGCAUGGCGAAGCUCUGUAUAGAAUUCAUCACAGGUUCUACAAACAGUCAAACAGACAAGGCUAAAGAAGAGAAUUCAUCUGACAAGAAAAUUAAUGAAUCCACACCAAAGAUAUCUAAAAAAGGAAAGACCAAGGAUGCAUCAAAGCCUGUCAAACAGAAGCGCAGAUCCAGUAUAACAAAAGGGGAGAAAACCCCUACAGGCCCUACACCAAAACGGUCCAGGACUGGGAAAGGCAAGGCCCUGCACACUGACAAUGACACCACAACUGACAAAGAAAACAUAGCCACAGAAAACGGCCUGAAAUCUUCUCCUGAGACUAAUAAGUUUACUAGGAUGAUUGAAGGAGGGAAACCUAGAGUUGCUAUAUGUAAAGACUUGACUAGCCGAGCUCCACAUCCUAGCAGUCGUUGGGGCCACAGCAUGUGUAUGACUGACAACAACACAGCUGUGGUUAUUGGAGGUCAGGGAGAGAGGCAGCAGCUAGUCAAGGACUCGGUCUGGUGUCUUAAUCCAGUUACAAGAAAGUGGACCUGUCCCGAAGUGUUUACAGAGUCUCAAAAGCCGGAGUAUCGCAUGGGGCACACUGCCACCUAUGACCCCACACUUAGGUGUAUCUAUGUAUAUGGUGGGUCUAAGAACCAGAGGUGGUUCCAUGAUGUACACAUGCUGGAUGUGCAGGAGUGGAAGUGGACUCUACUCAAGGUGGCGGGGAAGGCCCCUACAAGAGCGUACCAUAGCGCCACACUCUACAGGAAUGAGCUGUGGAUAUUUGGGGGUGUCUACCCUCGUCCAGACCCCCAGCCAGAUGGCUGCAGCAACGAGAUCCACAUCUUCUCUCCUGUGUCUGAAAACUGGUACCAGCCCAUUGUCAAUGGAGAGAAACCUUUGUGUAGAUCAGGUCACUCUGCUACUAUGAUAAAUGACCAGUUGGUUAUAUUUGGAGGAUGGGAUGCUCCUAUUUGUUACAAUGAUCUCCACAUCUUAGACAUGUGUGUUGUUGAGUGGUCAAAACCCAAAGUACUGGGCACUCCACCUUUACCAAGAAGUUGGCAUGCUUCUUGUGCCCUGGCCAACAGUCGGAUCCUGAUACAUGGAGGGUAUGAUGGAAACCUAGCCCUGGAGGAUACACAUAUUUUCAACUUAGGUACUCUAAGCUGGAUGCGGAUUCGCAUGGACCCUACGCCUACCCCCCGCUGUGGUCAUCAGGCACUGUCCCUACCCUACUACCACGAAAACCAGGAACAGGAUGAAGUACUUAUCUUUGGUGGCGGGGACAAUGACGGGGCCUUCUUCCAUGAUCUCAUUAGUGCCAGUAUUCCAUUAAACCCGGCACUGGACCACACAAUGACUGUCUCUAAACCCGAAAUACUGGAGAACAUUGAAAAUCAAAUGGAAGUCAAGUAACUCAGUGAUUCUUCUGUUCUACCUCAUUUUUUUAUUAUUUAGAAAUUAGGUUACAUAUCAUUACCAUUAUUUUUAUGUAAGAUUAGGUGUUAAGAAAUAAUGGAGAAGAGGGAGAAAACAUGAAUUCACACUCUGAGUCCUUCCUUAUCAUCAUUUAAUAGAACUUUUAUGUUAAAUUCAAAUCCAUGAGAGCACACUUUAAUGAUAUAAGAAAUUUUACAGCAAAUAUUAGGCCUUACCUGUAAUUGUUUUUCAUUUUAUUAAGGCACAGUACUAGUGCAUUUAUUCUGCCAGUUUAUAUGCGCAUAUACAAUUUACAGAAUACAUAUAGAUCAAGAAUUUGAUGACUUUAUAGUUCAUAUAAAGGUUUAUUAACUCUUCUUUCUGCAUUUUUCUGUGUUUUAUUUCAUUUUUACAUAUAUUAGUGCAUGUAUUAAUUGUUUAAGACAUAACCUAGGUGUAGGCCAACUAUUGAUUUUUGCAUGAUGAAUUUAUCAUGUUGUAGAUAUGUAUCUAGUUUGAAGUAUUUAUGUUUUAUUAUUUAAUGAAAUUUAUACUGAAUUUGUGAGAAUAAUUUACUAUUUGAUGUAAUGCCAUUAGUUACAUUCCUAAUACAGUCAUUGGUGCAAAAGCAUGUCAAAAUUGUGAAAUUUUGUUCACUUUUAUUUUAUAAGUUUUAAACUAUAUGCCAGAAUGUAUCAGAACUCUUAAAACAUUUUCAAUAAUGAAGUAGAAACAACAUCAUCUUUGUUUUAGCUUCUUUAAUUGGCUUUAAGAUUACCUGAGUCAGUUGGUUGAAUUUUUCUGAUUGAAAUUAGUCUGUCAUCCGACAUCCGUCCAUUUCUUUGUCUGUCAUCUGUGAACAUUUCAAAGUUUCAGGUCAAUAUAGCUCCCGGAUCCUAAACACAAAUGUGUGAAGUUUCUUAACAUUAGAGGAAUCCUGAAAGACUUUGUAAGCAUCCUAAAAGAGGGUAGAUUCAAUUUUAUUCAAAUAAAGCACAUGCAUGGUUUUAAAGUUUGUGACUCAACUACCGUUGGCUUUAGUGAAUCUGGAUGGAUAAAAGUAUGGAGAAAAAAAAUCAGAACUGCUUUUCAAUAUAGGGACACUCUGUUGCUAAGAAUAAGAAACGCUCUUACAUGGUUUGCGGAUUUUUUAUGACUGAUCAAAUCAUCACAAAUAGUCACACAUAUAAAAAAAAAAAGAAGAAAAAAAAAUUCUGAAAAUUGCUCCGUAAAACAGCAAAGCUGCUUUAGUGAAUCACGAUAUCUGUGAGUGAAAGAAGUUUGGAGUAAAGGUGAAGAGAAAGUUUGACACGGGUGAGUGUUGUGACCCAUGGAUCAAGCUUUUCAGAUGUACAUGUUGUUAUAUAUUGAUUAAUAGGAUUAACUAGCUCCUUACAUGUCAACUUUAAUUAAGAUGCAGUCCUCUAUGGCAGCUGUAUUUCUACUAUUACAGUACCAAUCAUUAUUGGGUGUGGUCAUAUGUAUACAAGAAUCAAUAAAGUACAAAAUAAAAAG